AUGCCUUGCAUUCAUUGCUACAUCAGCUGGGUCCAGUCAAUCGCCGUCUACCUGCCAUCGCUGCUCGCGCCGCUGUUCCUGUGGCUCUACUACGGCGGCUGUCACGGGGCUCCACCUACUUAUGGACCUCGUUACAUGCCCUGGUUCGCACGGGGCCUCUUGGCUGCGUAUCGGUAAGUUUGAUUGACUUCUUAGCUCUGGUUACCAAGCACGAACAGUACCCUGAUCUCAUUCACUUCCCUGCUCUGUAGGCUCAGCAAGCACGAGGACGAGUUCCUGGUGUCCCUCAAGCGAACGUAUGGGCCGAUCGUCUACCUCCCCUGGCCGCUGAAGCAAUACUUUGUCCUCGAUCCUGCGACCGUCUCCAAAGUGUACGAAACAUCGACCUCGACCCUGGACUUUGUCAGUACCGCAGGACUUGUCCUUUCCUCCUCGUGUCUCGGGCCUUCCUAAAUUAGGAGAAGGCGGAUCGAGCUGACGCGCUCCUAAAUUAGGAGAAGGCGGAUCGAGCUGACGCGCUCCUGAAUUAGGAGAAGGCGGAUCGAGCUGACGCGCUAGCAAGCUCCGGACAGGGUCCUAUCCGAAUGACCAUGCUCCGCUCCGCCUUUGGAGGCUCGACCCCCAUCUUCCGCGACGUUGCCCUAUGGCACGGAGUUCUCUUCCCCGCUCAUGGUCGGGGUCUAAGCAGGAACCGACUCGAAGAACCGAUCGAUACCUUCGUUUCUCACUUACGUGACAAGCUCGAACAGCUUGCACAACGUCUUGAUGCGGAGACUGAGUCGUCUGAAGGCACCGAGAUGGGUUUAGUCACUUGGAUCAGGAAUACGAUGUUCGACGCUGGGCUCGCGGCCUUUUUUGGAACUCAAUUGCUCGACUUCGAUACCUCGCCUAAAUAUGGCAUCUCCUCACUCGAAGAGUUUCGCAAGCUCUUUGAUGAAUUCGAUCUCGCCUUCCCCCCCGUUGCGGGUGAAGUCAUGCCUCUCCCGGUGCUCAAGAUGGUGUCCUUCAUUCGGAAGGGAGUGAAAGCGAGGGAACGACUGAGGGAAUUUUUGGGGGCGUGGGUGAGAGAUGGAGCACCUGGGUUGCAGGAGAAGGGACUGGUGAGGGGUAUCGUCGAUAGUUCGAAGGAGAAUGGGUUGACGGAUUUUGAAACCGGGACGACGUUGAAUGGAACGUUGUGGUACGUCAUCUUCACCUUUGAUCGAUCGCUUCUCUAGUCAUCAGGCUGACUCGACGUCGAAAAAUCAUGUGUGCAGGGCACUCCAAGCCAACGGCCCCUUUGCCGCCGUGUGGACCAUUCUCUACGUAAUUCAAUCACCUUUAUACCCCAAGAUACUCCAAGAGAUCGGCCAAUUCCUCUCCUCCCUCGGCGGCGCUGCACCGACGCAAGCCGAUUUGGCGCCGUCGACGGCUCUUCCGAUCCUCUCUUCGGCGAUUCACGAGACUCUUCGUUUAGCGUCUUCGACGUCGAGUCUGAGGGAUGUCCAGAAGGAAUUCUUACUUCGCAUCGAACGGGAAGACGACUACGAGCUCACCAAGGAGGACAAAGCUUCACCGGCUAGCAGUGAUUAUUGGAUCCCACAAGGUUCUCGUAUCGCGGCCGUAACGCGAAUCGCUCAUCUCGAUGGGCAAGUAUGGGAGGAUGCCAAACUGUGGGACGGGGAGAGGUUCAUUGAUAGGGAGGGAGAAGUGGCGGGUACGAGGAGUAAGAGGACGAGGGAGGUCAGGGCUUUUGGCGGGGGUGUCUCGAUCGUACGUCCACGCCGGAGCUCGAAUCGCUUCCGUCCCCUCUGAAAACGUGAGCUGAUAUUUUUCAGCCUCCGGUGUCGACCAUACGCAGUGCGAAGGGCGCAACCUGGCCUAUUCCGAACUCAAAGCGAUGGUUACCGAGACGUUAUCCCGCUUCGAAAUCACCGUACUACCGAAAAAAAAUUCGACCCCGAUGAAGACGUUGAGGUUCAUCGAUGGCAGUACGGGUAUCGCACCCCUACCGGCACCGGGUAGACGUGAGUCGAUUCUUCGAAGUUACUACAAAUGUUUCAAGUACCUUGGAAUGAAGGACUGAUCUUUGCAUGUCUGUUUAUGGUCGCACAGCUGGGAUGGGCAUUUUCCAAUUCGUAGGGGAUGUCCAGGUUCGAGUCAAGAGGAGGGUCGGAACGGAGUAG